GACUAAUAUGAAUAAGUGCGUUUUGGAACCACCGGUGGUCUCAAGGAGUUGAAAAGGUUAAUAUAUGUUUAUUGUUUAAUUUUGUAAAUUCUUGUAGCCAACCAUCGGUUGAGAGCGAACAGCAGCGCUGAAUACACAGCGCCAUCUAUCGGUUUGAUUAUUGGCGUCAGUGGCCGCGCUCCAAUAUGCGUACGUUCUAAUUAGAUCACAAACUAGUGCGCAGAAUGUUUGAAAUCAACAUGAAAUGCGUUUGAAAUCAUUUGUACGCUAGCAUGUAAUACAGCAGAAUUCAUUUUGCUUACUUGGUGGACAGCAAACGUCUACUAGGCAACAGUGCAAACAGUCCGGAGUUUUCCCACAAAUUUUAUAUGUUGCUCAAAUGGCCAAUGAGCAGGCCUUUGUUUAAAACCUGCAACUUCAACUAGCAAACUUCAGUCGUUUCUAUGAGCUUUUAGAGUGCAGAAAUACGUCGGUGCGCUUGAAAAAUGGUGCUAACCCUCGUCGUUUAUGCAAACUUUAUGACUAGUAAUAACGUUUAUAGUAGUUAGCUAAUGGCCAACAAAUCAACCAACUCACUAACCUUGUCCAACUGCAGCACUUUUAACUGUACUAAGUGGAGCUGAAAUCAGAGAUUUACUGCCACCGUUACCGACAAUGUACCCUACCCACUCUUAAUAGUAUGCUAGUGUACUCAACUAGAGCGCCAUUUAGAACACAGCCGGUUUCCACUCCCCGGAACGUCAUUUCCUAGCUCGUUUGCAAUCGGAAGAAAUGUGGCGCGCGCCUACGAGUGUUCCUCGGUUGUUUUAGGGGGCUUUGCUCUCUCUGUUGAAGCUACGAGCUAGUGUUUCUCUUCCUAUGCCUUUUAGAAACCGGUUAAAAUCUAGCUAUAAUACUAAAUUACGGAGGGAUACUUUAUUUACCACUGAAGACGGCCGGGAAUUGAGUGAAACUUGUAACAUUAUGCCUCGUAGAAAGAGGACAGCUGGGAGCAGCUCGGACGGCACCGCAGACUCCGACGACUCGGCAGAGCCGGAAAAAACGGACAGUGGCUCCCACAGCGACCCCACCGUGCGCAGCAGCGCCAGACUGACCCGAACGUCGCUCCGCCUCAGCCAAAGCUCUCAGGAUGCCCCACCAGAUGUUAAGCAAGUAGCAGAAAGAGAUGAGUCUCCACCCAGGACACCUACAGGGAAUGCCCCCUCAUCUGAAUCAGACAUUGACAUCUCCAGUCCUAAUGCAUCCCACGAUGAGGGCGCAGCAAAGGACCAAAAAGACUCAGGCAGCGAUCCCUCUCACCGACCAAAACGGCGCCGCUUCCAUGAGAGCUACAACUUUAACAUGAAGUGCCCCACACCUGGUUGCAAUUCUCUGGGCCAUUUAACUGGAAAACAUGAAAGACAUUUCUCCAUAUCUGGUUGUCCCCUCUAUCACAAUCUGUCAGCAGAUGAGUGCAAGGUGAAAGCCACUGAGCGUGAUAAGCAAGAAGAGGAACGAAAUCAGAGUCAGAAUGAGGACAACAGGCAUGCUACACGUCAUCAGGCUCCUACUGCAAGACAGGUGAGGUAUAAGGAGAAGGUUCAGGAGAUGAGGAAGAGGAGGGAUGCUGGACUAACUAAGGAGCAGAAAGAAAAGUACAUGGAGCACAGACAGACUCAUGGAACUUCUAGAGAGCCACUCUUGGAAAAUAUCACAAGUGAAUAUGAUCUUGAGCUGUUUAGAAAAGCCCAGGCAAGGGCGUCAGAGGAUCUGGAAAAGCUACGCAUGCAGGGCCAGAUCACUGAGGGCAGUAACAUGAUAAAGACCAUUGUGUUUGGCCGCUAUGAGCUGGACACCUGGUACCACUCUCCAUACCCGGAAGAGUACGCUAGGCUUGGCCGCUUGUAUGUCUGCGAGUUCUGCCUGAAGUACAUGAAGAGUCAGACCAUUCUGCGUAGGCACAUGGCCAAAUGUGUGUGGAAACACCCACCUGGAGAUGAAGUUUACAGGAAAGGAGCCAUCUCUGUGUUUGAGGUGGAUGGGAAAAAGAACAAAAUCUACUGCCAGAACUUAUGUUUGUUGGCCAAGCUGUUUCUGGACCAUAAGACAUUGUACUAUGACGUUGAACCCUUCCUAUUCUACGUAAUGACUGAAGCUGACAACACCGGCUGUCACUUAGUGGGAUACUUUUCAAAGGAGAAAAACUCCUUCCUGAACUACAAUGUCUCAUGCAUUCUGACCAUGCCACAGUAUAUGAGACAGGGCUAUGGCAAGAUGCUGAUUGAUUUCAGCUAUCUGCUGUCCAAAGUGGAGGAGAAGGUGGGAUCUCCUGAAAGACCUCUCUCUGACCUGGGACUCAUCAGCUACCGCAGCUACUGGAAGGAAGUCCUUCUGCGCUAUAUGUACAACUUCCAGGGCAAAGAGAUUUCUAUCAAAGAAAUCAGUCAAGAGACUGCUGUGAACCCUGUGGAUAUCGUCAGCACACUGCAGUCACUGCAGAUGCUCAAAUACUGGAAGGGGAAGCACCUGGUCUUAAAGAGACAGGACCUGAUUGAUGAGUGGAAAGCCAAAGAGACCAAAAGAGGCACCAACAAGACCAUCGACCCUGGUUCUCUGAAAUGGACUCCCCCCAAAGGAACCUAAAUGUCAUUUGUUAAAUUGGAUUUCUUUUCCCCUCAUUUCAACCUUUUACACACUCAAUGACUUUUUUUUCCUAAUUAAUUUUCAGCCUUCAGUGUUACUUUGGUCUCUACGUGGCCUUCGUGCUUCUAUUUCUUCACUGUUCUUUUAUGUAGCUGUAUUUAUUUGCUGAUCAUCUUUUUUGAAAACACGUUUCUUAAUCGAACACACAUUUCAGUAGUCAGAGUUCUUUGCCCCAACAUAAAUAUUUUUAAAAAACGCUUUUAAAAAUGUGUCUUGUGUCUUUUAAAGCAGUGGUUGUUACUUAAGUCCUGUGCUGCAAAAAAUGUCUUGCCAAGUGAAAACAUCUUAAAUCUUGCCAGUAUAUGUAUUAUUUAUAGUUCCAUAUGAGUUUAAAUUUAUUUUUAGAUUUUAUUUUAUAUGGUUUAAAUAAUUUUAUCCAGUUUGUGUCUUAAUUUGGGUGACAGAUAAUUUUGCUUGAUUAAAAAAAAAGCUGCCUUAUUUUAUUAAAAUAAGCAAAAAGGAGUAAAAAUGUUUAGAAAUAGGAUGCAUAAUGAGAACUACUUGAUACAUUCACUAGAUGUUUUCACUUGACAAGGUUUUUUUUUUUCCAGUGUGGAGGACCACAGCACUGCAAAGUUUCCUUUGACAACCAGGUUAACUAAAUAAGGGCUUAGCUGAUGAAUUGAAUCACAUGUAAAAUCACAGAAGAUAUAAAACAUGCUAGUGCUGUGGCCAUUCAAGACGAGUCUGACUCCCAAGUAAAGGUUAGGUUAAUGCUAUGAAUGUAUCAAUUUGAGAAACUGAGCGUUACUGUGAGUAAUAUUUUGGCUGUAAAUGUCCUUUCUAAUAUUUUUUUCCAGAGCUUUUUGAUCAUUUUGAAAUUGAUCUGAAAUAAAAAAAAGAAGUACA